AUGGGAGACUUGAUCGUAUUUUGGGUGGAUCAUAGGUGUAGGUGGAUUCUGAAUGAUGCACCCACUGAUGAUGGGGGAGUUUUGGGAGAGGACAAUCGCCUAGACGACAAGUACAGGUACUGGUCUUAUGUCAAAACCCAUCCCACCCAUGUGGUUCUCUCCCAAGGGUCCCAGCAGGAGGCUGUGGACAUACUACAUUGGUCCUACACAGAUUGGCUGCUUGCCCAUCCCCAACCAAUUCAGCCACCUUUUAGUCAGGAGGAGUGUCAGGAACUGUUGAGACUACUCAAUGAUCCAAGUCAGCAAUCCACUCUUUCAUACACAUGCAUGGUCACUCAUGUUCUUCUAUGUGCCAACAUCAUUGCCACACACACAUCAAGGCAGACCCCAAUGCUAUGCAUGGUGGUCGAGAUAUUGAUUGGUAUACUGUGCCUUGGCAUCCCAUUCUUGUUCAUGGAUCGAGCAAGAUAUAGUGGCCAUUUUGAUGUGGAGGGGAAUGUAAGCAUGCAGAGUAGUGCACCACUGUUUGUCAUUGGUGCUUGUACCUUCUGCAUUAUCCUCAGCACCUCUGUCACGCUUAUCUCAUUCCCAGGACUGGAUGGUAUCACACACAUUGGAGGUCCAGUUGCCAUUUCAUCUUCUGUUCUGAGCACGGUUACAUCUUUCCUGUCUAUUUUCCAGUAUAAAGCAGAGUUGCUACAGGGUUCUGCAGCUGUUCAUCAUGCGGCUGCUGCUGCCUGUGAAGGAUUCAUAUUUCUCCCAGUGAGUUUGCACAUUCUGCUCUCUCUUCCACUAGUUUUUCUCAUGUAUUCUGUGGCUGGGUUCAUCACUAGCAUCAUUGUCUACACUAGAAUCUGUAACAUUACAUGA